AUGCUGCCUCUGCAAGUCAGCUCGGACUCUGCUGCUGCUGAGACGUGCAGGCUGAAGGUCAGCGCCGCCAUCAUCAUCAUCAUCAUUUGUCAGGAUCCAACUGGGUCAGAGCAGAACACAGAUCAGAACCAGCUCUCCUCAGGUCCACGGAGAUGUACAGUAGUUCUCAAUACAUCUGACUACCACAACAAGGUCUCUACACUUCUCAGUGAUACUAACACCUAUGAAUCGCUGAAACGAGACCCAACCAGUGGAUACAAGAAAAAGACAAUAGAAUGCCUACAAAAACUACAGAAAGAGGGCACCAUUGAUCGUCUACAAUAUCACCGCCUGUACCCCCAAGAUGCCAUCCCGUGCAUAUAUGGGCUCCCCAAGAUUCACAAAGAAGGGGCCCCCCUCAGACCCAUUGUCAGCAGCAUUAACUCGGUCACGUAUAACAUUGCCAAACAUUUAGCCAACAUCCUGGCUCCCUUGGUGGGCAAUACGCCCCACCAUAUCCAGAACUCCAUAGACUUUGUGAACAAAGUAAGAGGUUUAAAAAUGGAUCCAGAUGAUACCAUGGUAUCCUAUGAUGUGACUUCCCUGUUCACUUGCAUUCCAACCAUGGAGGCUUUGGAAACAGUCAGGCAACGGUUGAUACAUGACAACACCCUCCACGACAGAACCAAGCUCAGCCCAGACCAGAUAUGCCAACUACUGGAGCUCUGCCUGAGCACUACCUAUUUCAAAUACAAUGGCAAUUUUUACAGACAGAAACAUGGCUGUGCCAUGGGCUCACCGGUAUCUCCCAUUGUGGCUAACCUGUACAUGGAGGAUGUAGAAUACAGAGCAUUGAACUCCUUUGAGGGAACAGCACCGAGCCACUGGUUCAGAUAUGUGGAUGACACAUGGGUUAAAAUCAAAACUCAAGAGGUACAAGCUUUCACUGAACACAUCAAUUCAGUGGACAGAAACAUCAAGUUCACAAGAGAAGAUGUUAAGGAGAAUAGUUUGCCCUUCUUGGAUUGUGACGUGCACAUUACAGAGGACAGAGGCCUCCACAUUGGGGUAUACAGGAAACCCACUCACACAGACCAAUACUUACUGUUCGAUUCUCACCACCCACUGGAACACAAACUAGGUGUUAUCAGGACCCUACAACACAGAGCUGAUAACGUACCUACCAGCACUCAGGCCCAAGGGAAAGAGCAUGAACAUCUGAGGGAGGCUCUAAAAACUUGUGGUUACCCCAGUUGGACCUUUGUGAAAUCAGCAGCCUGUUCCAGAAAGAACAAGGUGGGUGAGGAAGAAAAGAACAAGCGCAAUAACAUUGUCAUCCCCUAUGUGUCUGGGGUAUCUGAAAAACUCAGGAGGAUAUUCAGCAAACACCACAUCCCUGUGUAUUUCAAACCCAGUAACACACUCAGACAAAGACUGGUACACCCAAAAGACCGUACACCACACACUCAGAAGAGCAACCUAGUGUACGCUGUCCAAUGCAGUGAGGAAUGCCCAGACUUGUACAUUGGUGAAACAAAACAACCACUAAACAAACGCAUGGCCCAACAUAGAAGGGCUAACUCGUCAGGGCAAGACUCAGCUGUCUAUCUACACCUCAAGGAGAAAGUACACUCCUUCGAAGACAGCAAUGUGCACAUUUUGGACAGGGAAGACAGAUGGUUUGAAAGAGGUGUAAAAGAAGCCAUCUAUGUGAAAUUGGAAAAGCCAUCUCUCAAUAGAGGAGGAGGUCUGCGACACCACCUAUCCCCCACCUAUAAUGCUGUCCUUUCAUCCUUGCCCAGGAGGUUUAACAACUUAACCUCUAAAAACAAUGGUCGUUCACAAAUGGCCUCAUGUGACUCUAACGACUCCAAUUGCAGCGUUGCAGCAGGAGUUUCAACGACUGUCGUUGACACACCAUUGGAGCACUAA